AUUUACAGCACACCUCUCUCACCCUCGACCACCACUCCCAUUCCUCUCAUCAACAUAAACGAAUUCGCGGCACAAACGACCUUCCAAUACCUCACCUACAAGAUAUCGAGCCCUAUUUCACGACGACAAAGCUCUUCCCCGCAACAUACGCCAUCGAAGACAAAGGAAUCUGCCUCGAGCGACCUCGGAGAGCGAGCAUAACCCCGUGAACAAAGAACAACACCGAGAGUCCACGUCAUUCACCAUCCCCAAAGCUGAAGAGAGCAGCUGAGGGCCAUUGACACAAUCUCUCACAGCCAACAAUCUUCACCAUUACAAAUCACACUCACAUAUCAACCGAAUCCAUCCUCGAACUACCUACCUGCAACAUGUCUACCAACGGCAAUACCACCCCUCCCAACGAUUCUGCCACUCGCAAUCGACGUGGCUCCUUCACCAGCCAGACCUUCAACAACAUCUUCGGUCGCUCCAAUAGCACUUCUGGUGGUCCGACAGCUCCGUUCCCGGGUCCUAUCACUACAGCUGCUGCACAAGACCAGCGUCGACGCAUGUCCAUCUCUACACUCGGCCUGUCGGGCACCUCUCCUACUCAGAAUACCGCAUUCCCCUUCGGUGCUCGACGUGGCAGCGUCUCAACUGCUGGAUCCGAUUCCAUUGAUGAGAAUGCCAUCGAUGACGAGGAAGGCCCCGGUCGCAGCCAACCCACUACACCCUUCACUCGCCGAGUCUCCUUUGGUGCACAAGCUCUACGUAGCGUGCGGGGUUCAGGAAGCCCAGGUACAUCUGGUGAAGGUGGCUUCAACUGGUCUGAGCAACUUAGAUCCCGUGCCGAAAGCUCCGUCUCACAGAGUCAGCGACCUUCCUUCUCCACCUCUCCCACUGCAAAGCCGAUGCAUGAGCGAGCCAAGAGCAUCACCGAAAUGCCUGCCCCUCCUACCGCUGUUCCGGCUCCCGCACCUGCCAGACCAGAGCGCAAGAAGCCCGAUGCAUUCCAGGAGCGGAUUCUCAAGGGUGAUUUCUACAUGGAUUGAAGGGCGAAAUAUUAUGGUUUCUUUGUUUGAUGUUUGAGUACAGCCUUCUGAUUGGCUUUCUUUUACUUCACAAUGACAAGGGCGUUUGAUGGCGUUUUAUGAUGCGAUGAAGGCAGAGCGCCUCGCACGAUACGGAGAUUUGCUUUUAUGAAGUAUGGGAGUGUACGCUGGACGUUUCAUUCUUGAUUUUAUGGGCGAAGUACUUAUGCUACUUAAGCAAAAGGGAAAGCAAUGGGCGUUUUGACGAUGGUGGCUUGAUGACGAAUGAUGAGUUUUCCUUCCAUGUUGAUAGCUUUGAGCGAUGAGCUUCGUGGGGAUGGGGAUGAGGAAAAUCAACUUGUAGCUGUAUUUUAGCCAGCUCUGAUGGUUAGUUGAAACAAAGCAAUUCAUUGCAGCAAAC